GAAAGUUGAAUUUUCAAACGGAGGUACCAUUUCUUACAGGCAGCGCUGGUUUUGUUGUCGUGUGUCCGAGUUUAGUGUUCUUUUAGUAGUUAACUCAUUUAAGCGUUUUUUUUUUUACUGAACUUGUAUUCGGUAAAAAACAAAGAAAAAGAAAAUGGCUGAACCGUUGAAGCUGAAUUUCUUUGAGAACAGGCCACUGCAAAAGACAAAAAAAGAUCCCAAACGUUUGUCAGUGGAGAGGAUUUAUCAGAAGAAGACUCAGUUGGAGCACAUCUUGCUCAGACCUGACUCUUACAUUGGCUCUGUCGAGCCCGUCACCCAGCAAAUGUGGGUGUAUGAUGAAGAUGUUGGAUUGAACUGUCGGGAUGUGACAUUCGUGCCAGGGCUUUACAAGAUUUUUGAUGAGAUUCUUGUAAAUGCUGCUGACAACAAGCAGAGGGAUCAAAACAUGUCCUGCAUCAAAAUCAGCAUUGAUGUUGAAAACACCACCAUUAGUGUAUGGAAUAACGGCAAGGGUAUCCCUGUGGUGGAGCACAAGGUGGAGAAAGUGUAUGUGCCUGCCCUCAUCUUUGGCCAGCUCCUCACCUCCAGUAACUAUGACGAUGAUGAGAAGAAAGUCACUGGUGGCCGCAAUGGAUAUGGUGCCAAGCUGUGCAACAUCUUCAGCACAAAGUUCACGGUUGAGACGGCCUGUCGAGAAUCAAAGAAGUGCUUCAGACAGACCUGGUAUGACAACAUGGGCAGGGCUGGGGAUGCCAGCAUCAAAUCUUUUGACGGAGAUGAGUACACCUGCAUCACCUUUCGGCCAGAUCUGGCUAAGUUUAAGAUGAAUGUCCUGGACAAAGACAUAGUGGCCCUGAUGACCAGGAGGGCCUAUGACGUCGCUGGAUGCACCAAGGGUGUCCGCGUGUUCUUCAAUAGCAAGAAGCUGCCCGUCAGAAAUUUCCGCAGCUAUGUGGACAUGUAUCUGAAGGACAAAGUCACAGAGACAGACAAUGCCCCCGUGGUGGUUCACGAGAUUGUCAACGAGCGCUGGGAGGUCUGCCUCACUGUGAGCGAGAAGGGUUUCCAGCAAGUCAGCUUUGUCAACAGCAUUGCUACAACCAAGGGCGGGAGGCACAUUGACUAUGUGGGCGAUCAGGUGGUUAGCAAGCUAAUUGAUGUUGUGAAGAAGAAGAAUAAAGCUGGCGUGGCUGUUAAACCUUUCCAGGUGAAAACCCACAUGUGGCUGUUUGUCAACUGUCUGAUUGAGAACCCCACGUUUGACUCCCAGACCAAAGAGAACAUGACUCUGCAGCAGAAGAGCUUUGGCUCCACUUGCCCCCUCACUGACAAGUUCAUUAAAGAGUCCAUAACAUGCGGAAUAGUGGAAAAUAUCAUGAACUGGGUGAAGUUCAAAGCUCAGCUGCAGCUCAACAAGAAGUGUUCAGCUGUCAAACACACCAAAAUCAAGGGGGUGCCCAAGCUGGAUGAUGCCAACGAUGCAGGUGGGAAGAACUCCAUGGGCUGCACGCUGAUCCUUACAGAGGGAGACUCGGCCAAGACGCUGGCUGUGUCUGGGCUGGGUGUGGUUGGCAGGGACCGCUAUGGAGUCUUUCCACUUCGAGGAAAAAUGCUCAAUGUUCGAGAGGCCUCACAUAAGCAGAUUAUGGAGAAUGCUGAGAUCAACAAUGUCAUCAAGAUCCUCGGUCUCCAGUACAAAAAGAACUACAGUGACCCAGAGUCCCUCAAGUCACUGCGCUAUGGCAAGAUCAUGAUCAUGACGGAUCAGGAUCAAGAUGGCUCCCACAUUAAAGGUUUGCUGAUCAACUUCAUCCAUUACAACUGGCCCUCAUUGCUGCGCCACAACUUCCUGGAAGAGUUCAUCACUCCUAUCAUCAAGGCUUCCUUCAAGAAAUCCCAGCUGUCAUUCUACAGCAUCCCCGAGUUCAAUGAAUGGAAAGACAGCCAGUCCAACUACAAAUCUUGGAAAAUUAAAUACUACAAAGGUUUGGGCACCAGCACAUCACAGGAGGCCAAGGAGUAUUUCUGUGAUAUGCAGAGACACCGUAUUCCAUUCAAGUACUCUGGGCCUGAAGACGAUGAAGCUAUCACCCUUGCCUUUAGUAAGAAAAAAGUAGAAGAGCGCAAAGAGUGGCUCACCAAUUUCAUGAACAACAGACGCCAGCGGAAGGAGCACAACAUGCCUGAGGAGUAUCUCUAUGGUCAGGCCACCAAGUCCCUCUCCUACAACGACUUUGUCAACAAGGAGCUGGUGCUAUUCUCCAACUCUGACAAUGAGAGGUCCAUUCCCUGCCUAGUGGAUGGGCUAAAGCCAGGUCAGAGGAAGGUACUGUUCUGCUGCUUCAAGAGAAAUGACAAGCGUGAAGUGAAGGUGGCCCAGUUGGCUGGUUCGGUAGCGGAGAUGUCUGCGUAUCAUCAUGGAGAGAUGGCUUUGAUGAUGACCAUUGUUGGGUUGGCUCAGAACUUUGUGGGAAGCAACAACUUGAACCUGUUGCAGCCUCUUGGUCAGUUUGGAACAAGGCUGCAUGGUGGCAAGGACUCUGCUAGCCCACGUUACAUUUUCACCAUGCUAAGCCCUCUAUCACGUCUUCUUUUCCCGGUGAUGGACGACAACCUGCUGAAGUACAACUACGACGACAACCAGCGUGUGGAACCAGAGUGGUAUAUGCCCAUCAUCCCCACUGUUCUAGUGAACGGUGCCGAUGGUAUCGGCACAGGCUGGGCCAGCAAAAUCCCCAAUUUUGACGUCCGAGAGAUUGUCACCAAUGUUCUGCGGAUGCUUAACGGAGAGGAGCCGUUUCCCAUGCUCCCGAAUUAUAAAGGUUUCAAGGGCACAAUUGAUCAGCUAGCUGACAACCAGUACAUGAUCAGCGGAGAGGUGGCCAUCAUUGAUUCUACCACCAUUGAGAUCUCUGAAUUGCCUGUAAAAACUUGGACACAGUCUUACAAGGAAAACGUCCUGGAGCCAAUGCUGAAUGGCACAGAGAAGGUCCCCUCUCUCAUCUCAGACUACAAGGAGUAUCACACCGACACCACUGUACGAUUUGUGAUCAAGAUGACUGAGGAGAAGCUACGGGAGGUGGAGGCUGCUGGCCUCCAUAAAGUCUUCAAGCUGCAGAUUCCUCUCACCUGCAAUUCCAUGGUUCUGUUUGACCAUGUGGGCAGCCUGAAGAAGUACGAAUCUGUGCAGGAUAUUCUUAAAGACUUCUUUGAGUUGAGGUUGAAGUAUUAUGGGCUGAGAAAAGACUGGCUUUUAGGCAUGUUGGGGGCAGAGUGCGCUAAGCUCACCAAUCAGGCUCGCUUUAUCCUGGAGAAAAUCCAAGGCACCUUGGUCAUUGAGAACAAAGCAAAGAAGGAACUAAUUUGCAUGCUGCAGGAGAUGGGCUAUGACUCGGACCCAGUCAAAGCCUGGAAACAGGCUCAAGAGAAGAAUGAAGACGAUGAUGAGCAGGAGCAAGCAACACAGGAGGACAUUAGUGGCCCUGACUACAACUACCUGCUGAACAUGCCUAUGUGGUUCUUGACCAAGGAGAAGAAGGAGGAGUUGUGCAAUCAGAGAGAUGCUAAGGUUACAGAACUGAGUACUCUAAAGAAGAAAACUCCAAAUGACUUAUGGAAGGAAGACCUAGCUGCUUUCUCUGAAGAAUUGGAGCGUGUUGAAGCCAAAGAGAAGGAGGACGCUGCAUUGCCUGCCGUGAAGACCUCAGUGAAAGGGAAGACAGUGAAGGUGAAAGUAAAACAGGAAACUCUGCCCACGCCACAGGGUCGCCGUGUCAUCCCACGCAUCACCAGUGCUAUGAAAGCAGACGCUAACAGGAAGGCUGACCUUGUGAAAGGAGAACGCAAGAAGGGCAGAAAAGCCAAGACUGAAUGUGUGGUCGUGAAGAUGGAGUUUGGGGAAGAUGGGGAGGACGCACAGCCAGUCGAAGAAGUUGGCUUGGCUGCCCGAUUGAGCAAAAAAAGUAAAACAUCCUCACAAGAAAAAGCGACCAAGACGGGCAAGCAGACCACCCUUCAGUUCAAGCCGAUGGCCAAGAGGGCCAAGAAGAGUCUGGUGUCGGAGGAGGAAGGUCUGUCUAACAGUGACGUGGAUGCAGUAGAAGUCGCCGCCCCCAGAGAAAAGAUGGAACGCAAAACCAAAGGCGCCAUUAAGUAUUCAAUGUCAGAUAGUGAGGAUGAGUUUGAUGACUGGGCCAAGAAGGACUCUCCAAAACAGAAAGCAGUCAUCAGCGAAGAUGAGGCCAGUUUCGCCCCUGACCACCAAACCACGUCUGACAGUGACAUGGACUCUCCAGCUCCUCCUGCCAAAGCCUCAGCGCCAGCGAAAAAAAUGACUAAGGCAAAAUCAACAGUUAGGAAACAACUUGGAAGCAAAUCAAGCUCUCAAUCUGAAGAGCAGGAUGCCGCACCAAAGGCUCCAAUUCAACGUAAGACCAAAGCAGCUGCACCCAAGAAACCUGCUGCCCCUAAGAAAGCAGCCGCAUCCAAGAAGGCUACAGAUGUGAAGCAGCCAACCAUCCUGGAUGCUCUGUCCAAACCCAAACCCUCAUCCAGAACUGCGUCCAAGAGGGUCCCCUCGUUUGACUCCAGUGACUCGGAGGGCGAAGCUAAAUUUCAAGCUCCAAAAACGAAGCCUGCUCCUAAACGGAAACAGGUUCUUACUGACGACUCUGACAGUGACUCAGGAGACCUCAUGUCCCGCCUCAAGGCUAAAUCAACUGCGGGGGCAAAGAAAACAAAGAAGUUGAGUGAGGAUGAAAGCUUACAGAUUUCAAACCAGGAAUCCGCCGCUCCAAAAGCUGCGGCUGCACAUGACAAGCCCAGCAGAGCCAGGAAGCCUGUGAACUACAUCUUUGACUCUGACUCUGACUAGACUUCCAUGCCAUUUGUUCAUGUUUCUUAAAUGUUGUUCUUGAAAAGGUUUAAAUGUGUAAAUAUUUCAGCUUUAAUACUUUUGUGUUAACUUUUGAAGUAGUUAGGUUUUAGCAAUGUCUUUUGUUCCAUUCUUUUUUUUCUUUAUUACACAAAACAUGUUGGCCUGUAAAUAUGUCAGUUUUCUAUUUUCUAAGAAAAUAAAGUUUUUGUGAUUUAUAUCCA